AGGCCAACGGAAGUCUUCAAAAUGACAUUUGUUUGUUGAAACGCAAGAGAACGCGUUAAGAUUUCGUUAGUUCACGCAGUUAAAUUAUUAUCGAUAUUCGCAAAAGUUGAAUUGACAUUUCGUUUUACAUAUCUGUAUUCUAAUAUAAAGACUCACACACGAUUUUUUCUAUUCGUUUUGCGAAUGUUCCCUAACACUACUUGGCAGAUGACAUGAGACAAUGAUGCCACUAAAGGAUAACCAGGAUGUUGCAUGCUUUCUGGUCACCAAACACUCAUGGAAAGGGAAGUACAAACGUAUUUUUUCUAUUGGAUCCAUGGGUAUUACAACAUAUAAUCCUGGGACCUUAGAGGUCACUAAUAAAUGGGAAUACUCUGAAUUUAUUAGUGUACAACCUACAAAUAAACAUCAGUUGGGUUCCUGUGAAUUCAGCAUAACUAUGCGGAAAGAACGUAAAGUUGAUACAAUGAAAUUUAGUUCAGAACAUAGAGCACAUUUGUUAACAGAAGCACUUAAAUAUAGAGGUCAGUUUGCAGAGAAAUCAAAAGAAAUUUUGAAAUAUCAAGCUUAUAAACGCCAUUGGUCUGAUACAAAUUUACCAAUAGUAUUGGAAGUAACUCCAUACAGUCUUGAUCAGUUGGAUCCUACAACGAACAUGCUACUUUCCAGUUAUUGUUAUAAGGACUUUGAAGGCAUUGCUACGAUGAAAGACUUUCCUAAUGGAUUUGCGAUUGUUUGCGGUGGAUUUGGACGUUUACAUCUUUUUUCAUCUGAUAAGAUGGAAGAAAUAAAAAAGAAGCUAUUGGAAUCUGCAAUAAAUAAUUUAGGAAUCAGUAUAAAAGUUUUAAAGGAACCAAUAGAAACAAAAGAUUUUGUUGCACAAAGAUUAGGCAAAUUCAGUAAUGAUGAGCAUAUAACAAGCGGAUCAGAAUUUACUGUUCAUAAAAUUUCACCUAGAUAUAAAGGACUACAAAAAAGAACACUUUGUCUUUCCGAUACUUGCUUAUUGGAAAGGGACCCGCAGACGUAUAAUAUUUGUACUCUUAGGCCACUAUCAGACAUUUUUGCCCUUAUUCGUGAUAAUGAAAAUCCACAAUUGUUUACGAUACAAUAUUUAAAUGGACAAACAAGAAGUUACACUGCAACAGACAGAGAUUCCCUGUUAGCUUCAUUACUUGAUGGUGUAAGAGCAUCUGGGAAUAGAGAUGCUCAUGUAAGAAUGCAUCCAAUUGCAAGAGGAAAAAGACUAGGACCUUUUAAUUUACCCGUUGAUGAAGAAGUAGAAAUAUCUCAUAUUAAAUUCUUACAACAACCACCAGGAGGACGUACUUUUGCAGAAAUUUUGGAAAGGUUUAAUGCCAAUAUACCGUAUAGUGGUCUCAAUUAUUCAAUAACUCAAGAUGACGGUACACCGCUUGAAUGGACUGUACCAAGCUUACAGCUUCAACUGUACAGUGUGAUGAAUAACUACUUACAGGGACUUUUUACUGAGAAUAAAGAGAAAAUUAUACUUGCUGCCUUAAGCACCUUAGUACAUAAAGAGCUAGAAGGGAAUGACGAGAUCGAAGCACAAUUUCAUGCUAUACGAAGAUUAGUAGCAAGUAAAGUUGGAUUCACUGCAUUCACUUCUUUUCCUGGAUUUAGAGAAGCUAUUGGUACUAGAGUUGUAAAGGCAUUAAAGAGAGAAGAUUGCGGUGUUACACAGGCUGCUAUAGAUUGUAUAUGUGCGCUUAUGCAACCAAUGCAUGAUGAUUGUGACCUAAGGCAAGAACAAUUAAACAAAAGCAGUCUUCUUAGUAGUAACAAAUUUUUAGAAAGUUUACUUGAAAUGUGGAUUAAUCAUAUUAAUCAUGGCACUGGUGCUUUAGUAGUUUCUGCCAUGCUUGAUCUAUUAACUUUUGCAUUAUGUGUACCAUAUAGUGAAACUACGGACGGCAAACAUUUUGACAACCUUUUAGAGAUGGUUGCAGCAAGGGGUAGAUCUCUUUUCAAAUUAUUUCAACAUCCGUCACUGGCUAUUGUUAAAGGAGCUGGUUUGAUAAUGAGAGCAAUUAUAGAAGAGGGUGCACCUGAGGUGGCUGCAAAAAUGCAAGAAUUAGCUCUUGCUGAAGGAGCUUUACCAAGGCAUCUUUUAUAUAGUCUCUUUACUAUUGGCAAUGAUAAUAGACUUCUGACACAUAGACAACUAUGUAGACAUUUAGUAGGAUUAUGGGUGACAGGACAUCCUACAGCUAUGGGAUUAUUAAAACGAAUUAUGCCCGUCGGUUUGCUAAAUUAUUUAGACUCCAACGAAAAAGUUCCUGAUUCAUUUCUCGAAGAAGAAAGAUUAAAUAAUCGUGAUAAUUUAAAAAUAGCAAUAGACCAUGCAUCGAAGAAUAAAAAAAGUCAGCAGUGGAUUAUGAUCGAACGUCAAAUGCGAUUAGUAGAGAAACAUGUGGAGCAUGCUCUUCAACACUGGGGUGCACGCGUUGGUAUAGAAAGACGAGAAAAAAUCAAAGAACGUCCAAUAGUUUUAAGAAAACGCAGAGAAAGAAUUAAGUCUGAAGCAAACUGGAAAUUGUUUUAUUACAAAUUCAAUCAAGAUCAUUCGUUACCUAAUUUAAUAUGGAAUCAUAAGACAAGAGAAGAAUUAAGAACUGCUCUCGACCAUGAAAUACGUGCAUUUACCUCGGAUAAAGAAUUAGCAGGUGGAACCUUAAUUGCAUGGAAUUACAGAGAAUUCGAAGUGCAAUAUCAGUGCCUAUCAGACGAAGUCAAAAUUGGAGAUUAUUACUUGAGGCUGCUAUUAGAAAGAGAUAGCCCAGAGAGUCCGAUUCGAAAAUCAUAUGAAUUUUUUAAUGAUUUAUACCAUAGAUUCUUGUUAACAACAAAAGUCGAAAUGAAGUGCCUUUGCUUGCAAGCAAUGACUAUAGUGUAUGGACGAUAUUACGAAGAUAUUGGACCAUUCUCAGACACAAAAUAUAUAGUAGGAAUGUUGGAUCGGUGUACCGAUAGAAUGGAGCGUGAUCGAUUAGUUAUGUUCAUAAAGAAACUCAUUCUACACAGAAGAAACGUUAAAGAGAUAAUGGAUCAGAACGGUGUACGAGCGCUUGUAGAUCUUUUAACAUUAGCACAUUUACAUACUUCUCGUGCUGUGGUACCCACGCAAACUAAUGUCAUAGAAGCAGGUCCACAACAAGAGAGGAUAAUGGAAAAAGAAUGGUAUUAUAACGAUAGCGAUACGCGUAAGGGUCCUAUAAGUCUAAAGGAUUUGAAAAAUUUAUAUACGACAAAUAAGAUAACUUAUAAAACAAAGGUUUGGGCACAAGGAUUGGAUGGAUGGAGAAUGAUAUCUCAAGUACCACAAUUGAAAUGGACUUUAGUUGCAAGAGGAAUUCCAGUAAUCAAUGAAAGUGAAUUAGCAACUUUGAUUUUAAAUAUCUUAAUUAAAAUGUGCGAAUACUUUCCAAGUAGAGAUGCGGAUGAUGCUGUUAUUAGACCAUUACCACGUGUCAAACGUCUCUUGUCGGAUCUUCAAUGUUUGCCACAUAUUGUACAACUCUUACUGACCUUCGAUCCCGUAUUAGUCGAAAGAGUCGCUACAUUAUUGUGUGAAAUAAUGCGUGACAAUGCAGAUGUCUCCAAAAUUUAUCUCACCGGUGUCUUUUACUUUAUAUUGAUGUACACUGGUUCCAAUGUUCUACCUAUAGCAAGAUUUUUACAAUUGACACACACCAAACAAGCUUUUAGAAGCGAUGAUAACAUAUCUUCCGACAUUAUGCAACGAAGCAUUCUUGGUCAACUUUUACCCGAUGCCAUGGUGAGCUAUUUAGAAAAUCAUGGUGCAGAGAAAUUUGCACAAAUAUUUCUAGGUGAUUUUGAUACUCCGGAAGCAAUUUGGAAUGCCGAAAUGAGAAGAAUGCUUAUAGAAAAGAUAGCCGCACAUAUUGCCGAUUUUACCCCGAAAUUAAGAAGCCAUACCAUGGCCAAAUAUCAAUAUAUCGCUAUACCUGCUGUGAGGUAUCCACAAUUAGAAAAUGAAUUAUUUUGUCAAAUAUUUUAUCUUCGGCAUUUGUGCGAUACUGUCAAAUUUCCGCAAUGGCCUAUACCUGAACCUGUGCAAUUAUUAAAAGACGUAUUGAAUGCAUGGAAAAAAGAGGUAGAAAAGAAACCACCUUUAAUGACAGUCGAUGAGGCUUACAAAGUAUUAGGCUUGCCUGUUGGAGAACAACACAAUGAAGCAAAUGUUAGAAAAUCAUAUUACAAAUUAGCUCAAAUGUAUCAUCCUGAUAAAAAUCCUCAAGGCAGAGAUAAAUUUGAGGCAGUUAAUCAGGCAUACGAAUUUUUAUGUAGUCGCAGCUGUUGGACUACCGACGGUCCGAAUCCUGAUAAUAUAGUACUUAUUUUGAGAACACAAAGUAUUCUUUUUCAUAGAUAUGCAGAAGAACUUAGGCCGUAUAAAUAUGCUGGUUAUCCACAAUUAAUUAAGACGAUCAAAUUAGAAUCGGAUGAUGAACGUUUAUUUUCAAAGUCUGCACCAUUGUUGGCUGCUGCCAGUGAACUUGCAUAUCAUACGGUUCAUUGCUCCGCUUUAAACGCGGAAGAAUUACGAAGAGAAGACGGUUUAGAGGUUUUACUUAAUGCUUAUACUCGAUGUGUUUCGGUUUUGAACAAAUCAAGUAAAUCUAACGAUAUCGCGGUACAAGUAUGUAUGCACAUUACCAAAUGUUUCGCUGUUGCUGGAUCAUUUAGUGGAUGCAGAGAUAAAAUUAUAGAGUUACCACAGUUGGUUAAAGAUUUGUGCAGAAUAUUACAUUUCAGACAUUUGACAAAGUUAUGUUCGGUUGCUACCGAAUGUGUUUCAUCGCUUGCUACAGAUAGCAUUCUACAAAUGGAACUAUUUAAAUCUGAUGCUUUGUGGCAUCUGUUGCUGUUUAUGUUUAAUUACGAUUAUACGUUAGAAGAAGGUGGCGUCGAAAGAACUCAAGAUGAGAAUAGACAAGAAGUUGCUAAUAAUUUGGCAAAAUUAGCUGUUAAGGCUUGUGCCAGACUAGGUGGUUACAUGACGAAAGAAAACAAAACACCUAAUAAUUCUAUCAUAGUAAAUGCUUUAGAAAAACUUUUAACGCCUUAUCUUGCUCGUCAGCUUAGCAAAGAUAAACCUGAAGAAAUAUUAAAGACAUUAAAUUCUAAUUGUUCAAACCCAUAUUUAAUUUGGGACAAUGGGACUAGAGCAGAGUUAAACGAAUAUCUAGAAGUUAAGCGAUUAGAGAGAUUGAAUGGUAACGAAAAUUUCGAACAUGAUUUCGGUAAUUUUAAGUACAGUGCUCAUGCUGGAGAAUUAAUUAUUGGUGAAAUAUUUGUUAAAGUAUAUAAUGAGCAACCAGUUUUUCCUAUAGAGGAUCCAAAAAGCUUUACGAUCAAUUUGCUCGAGUUUCUGUCCAAAUCAUCGAAUUAUUUAGCUCCUCUUGGAAAUGUUACUUUAGGCAAGGAAUAUAAAGAAAAAUUGGAACACGUUGUAAUGGCUCUAGAAGCAUUAAGAAACGUAAUUAAAAAUAAUCCUGGUAUAGAACUACAGUGUAUGGGUCAUUUUAAGCUAUUAUUUGGAUUAGUUAAUUGUAACAAUUGCAAAUUGGUGCAAAAAAGUGCGCUUGAAGUAAUCAGUAACGUAACUAAAAAUCAAGAAUGUGUUAGUGAUAUCGCAGCGAACGAAGUUAUAGUACAUUUACUAUUAUGCUUGCAUAGUCUAAAAGAGUAUCAACUUCUUGCAUUGGAAACUUUAUAUGCACUGAUGAGUUCAACGAAGAUCGUAAAAGAUGCACUGGACAAAGGAGCUGUUGUUUAUGUCCUUGAUUUAUUCUGUAAUUCAAGUAAUAUUCAGGUACGAGAAACAGCGGCUGAAUUGCUCGCCAAAAUGUCUUCAGAUAAACUGGCUGGACCAAAGGUGAAAAUAGAGCUAUCUAAAUUUUUACCCAGGUUAUUUAGUGAAGCUAUUCGUGAUUCACCUAAGCAAUGUGUGCACAUGUUUGAAACGAAACACGAAAAUCCAGAAUUAAUUUGGGACGAUGAAUCUAAAGGACGAGUUUCAAGAAUUAUUGCUGAAUUAAAAGAUGAAUAUUUCGCAUUACAAAGACGCAAUCCUAAUGAGAAAUUGAAUGUACCAGAGGCUCAAAAGAAUAUUGAUAUCGCUACAAAUGAACCUAUAGUAGGCGGCGUAUACCUCAGAUUAUUUAUAGCUAGUCCUGCAUGGGCUCUUAGAAAGCCUAAAGAAUUUUUAAAUGAACUUAUGGACACUAUUCUAACACUUAUGUCGAAAGAAAAGACUGACCCGGAGAUGUUAGAGCUUACAACACAAGCUUUGGUAUGUUUAUUACAAGUGCAACCGAUAUUAGCAGAUCAAGUACCAUCGUUAGGCCAUAUUCCACGACUAUGUAAGCAAAUGGCUAUGCAAAACAAUCAACCUUCCGUAUACAAAACAGCAAUAUUAAUAUUACAUCAAUUAGCUACCAGCGAGAUUUGUAUAUCAUCUAUUUGUCAAACAGAGUGUAUAAGUCCAUUAAAACAUGCUAUGCAAUCCAGACGGGAUAUGAUAGCAAUAGCAUGCGAGACUUUAAAUAGAUUAUUUUCAACGAAUGAAGAUAGACUUAUUAAACAGGCACUGGAAGCUGAAAUGGUGCCAUAUCUCUUAAAUAUAUUGGAAGGACGGUUAGAUGUUAUCGAUAAUCCAGCUACAACAAAAGCGCAAAUAGUAAAAGCUUUGAAAGCAAUGACAAAAAGUUUACUUUUAGGUGAAAAAGUUAUCGCUAUACUAGAAAGAUCUAGUGUCUGGGCAGAAUACAAAGAUCAACGACAUGAUUUAUUUAUAUCCAACGCUACCAACUCAGGCUAUUUAACAGGUAUGACAAGAUUUUCAAAUCGGUAUUUAUGUUUAAAUUUAAAUAUAAAUAUCGCGAAUAGAAAAAUAUAUCUUUUCGAUUAUUUAUCAGCUGGAACACCAGUAUCCGCUGGUUAUCUAACGGCAGGACCCAGUACGACACUUACCACAGGUCCACCGCCAGUUGACAAGGAAGAUAGUUUAAUUAGAAACGAUAGCAUCUGAUAUAGGUAGCAUCGAAAGUCGUACAAAAGGCAGUGAAAUUGUCGAUGAUAAAAUUCCUGUCGGUCUAUCUUACCGAUAUAGAGAGACUACGUUGUCUGUGAUUUCUGACUUUUCAAAGAAAGGAAUAUAUUAAUUAAAUAAUAUUCGGUUAGAGCUACUUUUCUUAUCAUUAAUAUUUUAUAAGAACACGUCAUUUCUUUAUUCUAUAAGAAUUAAAAGUAAUGUAUUAUUAUAAUUUACCUAGUUAUUUUUCUGAAAAAAUCAUUUCUUUGGUCAAACUAUGCCAAUCCAUAUAUAAAAAUUCGUUCGUUAUCAAACGUUUCCUCGAGAUAACUUUCAUGUCGUACUUGAUAGUCAUAUAAUAUGAUUUAUGUUUAUUAUAAGCGAAUGUAUACUUAUUAAUGAUCGCAAGAUAUGAUCUUGUACGAAAUAUUCAUUAAUAGUAUUUCUCAGAUAAUUGCAUACCUAUAACUGGAAAUAUUAUUGAUGAAUGAGAUUGCAAAUAUGUAUGAAAAAAACUUUGGCCUGUCCAUUCUUUGAAAUUAUCACUAUGCAUUUUUAAUUAUUCGCAGUAAAAUCAAAAUAAAAAAAAAAGUAAUAAUAAAAAAUUUUAAAAAAAUAACAUAAUCAUUUGUAAUACAACAAUUUCCUCUGUGAUACCAUUCUUACAAUAAAAGAAAGAUUGCAAUUCACAGAUUAUGAAAGUACAUUUAACAAGUAAUAACAUCUCAAUAAUACGGAAAACCACAUGCAUAUUCAUAAAUUUUUAUAUUUUUACUUUUUUUCCAGCAUUGAUGCAAUUAUAAACUUAAUUACGAAAAUAUAUGAUUUAUGUUCAUAGAAGGAUUUAUAAAAUUAUCUAAUUUACAGCUAUCAAAUAUUAAGAUGACUUGUACAUGAUUAAUAUUUAUUUUUAUGGCCACUAUCACUAUAAACUACCGUCACCAUUAUUUGUAUUAUAUAAAAUAUAAUAUUUCUAUUGGAGUCUUUCUUCAACGAUUUUUUACGAAAUAGCCGCAGUUUAAGUAUUACGAAGUAUUCUCGUUAAUUGUUAAAUGUAAUUGUUUGGAUACCAGUAUAAAUUUAUGGAACAUUGAGUUAUUAUGUUUGACCUAUAAGAUUUUCAAAGUAUAAUAAUAUAUAUGAUAAUAUUCAAAACAAAGUCCAUGAAAAAAAAAAAAAAAAGCCUGAGUAUAAACGAGAACACUGCUGUCCAUAUUUCUUUGAUACGUCAUGAUGUAUAAUUUUUUGUUUAACACAUAUUCUUUUCUUUUUCUAUCGAUAUAAAAAAAUGUACAUUUUUAGCUGUAUAUCGUAGAACUUAUAAAGAUAAUCGUUGCAUCGUAAAGAUAUCCCAUAAAGCCUAACGAUUAAAAAAAUUUUCCAAUUAAGUUGUACAUAGUUUUAAGGAAGGACAAAAAAGAUUCGUACGGGAUUAUUGUAACUAUUGUUCACAGAUAAGAUGUGCUUCUCUCAGUCAUGUUACGAAAUUUUUUCACGCGUUGAAUGCGAAUAGAAAAACAUCUUAACAUUUGAGAGAUUUGGAGUUAUAUAAACUUUUUAUAUUAUCCUCCAAAUAUAACUCCAACUGUGCGUACAAAAAAAGAGGGAUAUCUUCUAUUGGUGAUAAGAUCUGUCCGAUGGAUCGAGUUCCAUAUUAAGACACGAUCUCUGUUUCAUAUCAAUUAUUAGUAUAUUGUAAUAAAGCGAUAUAUUAAAAAAAAAAAAAAACAUGUCCAAAAUAUUUGUCUGUACUUUAAAAGGUAUUAUCAAAAAACACAUGUUACUUCUUCAUUUGUCAUUUAACAAAUCGAUCCUAUUCUUUACUUUAAAUUGACGAGUCGAUUCCCGUGGAUUUUUUCCUAUUUUUUUUUUUCUUUCUCUUUCUCUCUCUCUCUUUUUUUUUUUUUUUU